AUGGCGAGAGGUCUUGUAAUUGGAAUUUGUUGGACUUUACUAUGGUCAAUAUUCGUAGCUGGGGAUUUUCAGUUGCAAAAUGUGAUUUGCGAGUCAUUUGACAACUCGACUACGAACUUUAGCCGCUGCGAGAUGAAGUUCAUUCGAAGGGGCGUGGCUGCCUUCUAUAUGGUUUGGAAACUAUACAACGUACCAAUCAACAGUGUGGACAUAAAUGUGGCAUUGUACAAGAAAUCGAACGGAUAUCGACCAUUUCUCUUUAACCAGACACUUGAUUUUUGCUACUACAUGCGGAAUCCGCGAGCUCAUCCAUUGAUUUAUAUGAUGCACAAGGUAUUUAUGCAAACAUCCAACAUAAAUCACUCCUGUCCGUAUGAUCACGAUUUGAUAAUCAAUGAGUUUAUCUACAAGAAGAACGACUUGAAAGAUCUGCCCAUACCGAAUGGGGAUUAUAUGAUAAGAGUGAAAGUGGCAUUGGACAAGCAGUAUCGAACAUCCAUCAAGAUUUACGCAAACAGAAAGGAUUGACACAAAGUUGAAAUUUGAUAUUUUAAAUUACUAUUAAACUAGAACGU